CACGGCCCCCUGGACCUGCCGCCGGGGAGCCUACCGGGUGUGACCUCCGAGCCCUGCCUGCCCCUGGGCGCCUGCCGCCGGCCCAGCGACGCCAUGGAGCGCCUAGACAAGGCGGCGCUGAACGCGCUGCAGCCGCCCGAGUUCAGAAAUGAAAGUUCAUUAGCAUCUACCCUGAAGACGCUCCUGUUCUUCACAGCUUUAAUGAUCACUGUUCCUAUUGGGUUAUAUUUCACAACCAAAUCGUAUAUAUUUGAAGGCGCCCUUGGAAUGUCCAAUAGGGACAGCUAUUUUUAUGCUGCUAUUGUCGCAGUGGUUGCCGUCCAUGUGGUGCUGGCCCUCUUUGUGUAUGUGGCUUGGAAUGAAGGCUCACGUCAGUGGCGUGAAGGCAAACAGGAUUAAAGCAAACAUCACCUUUUGAUAGGAUUAACUUGUUUUUUUUUAAAUGCUAAAUGUUGGGGGGGGCAUUGAUGGUUUGAAUAAAGUGGAAAGAAUGCGUUCAAUUCAGCCUUCAGUAAUCACAGAAGAGUAGUGUACAUUUUGAUCCUUCUAAUAUGUUGUUUUGUAUGAUGUUGUAACUGUGAAUCUCAUUUGUAAAUGAGAAUUUGGAAAACGUUAAAUUAGUUAAAAAUGAAAAUGUUAACUUCGUUACACAUUAUCUGGAAAGAAUUUUAUGAUGUUACAAUAAAAAAUGUUUUAUAGCA